UCACUAACAACAGCUACACACCAACAACAGCUAAAUACUGUGUCACUAAUAGCAGCUACACACUCACAACAGCUGAGUAAAUACUGGGAUACAAACAACAACAACUCGCUAGAGACUGGGUCACAGGAGGGAGUGGCCUCAGGCUGCUCGCUGAUUGGUCACACGCCUGACCUCGGGGUUGUUGCAGGGUUAGGAAGGAAGACGACACUUGCACGCGCUCAGCACCCGAUGUUCACACAUCAUCAGCGGGUGGCUGGUUUAAGGUCUCAUGUGGAUGUCACUGUUGGCAGCUUGCUCAUUUAAAUCACUGCCUACCUGGUGACUCACAAAACUGUAGUCUUUGUGAAAACAGGAGUACUCUUGCAAGACUGGAUAAACGGUGUGGAUUUGCAUAGUGCCAAGCCCUUCACCAUCCUUCACACACGUGCACUUAUUUAUUGGCCAUCAGGCCAUCAGAAUACAGUCCAGUUACAAAGCAGUCAUCUGACAAGACCCUGAUAUUCAUUGACUACCAUGCUGUUGUUGGUGGCACAGACUGGUCAAUGGAGGACAGCACUGGCAACAUGGCGGGCCUUGUCAUCAUUCAGUGCCAGCAGACUACCACAGGGCAAACAGCCUAUCAUGGCAAUCAGAAGAGAGACAAUCAAUGUUUGGGAGCGCCGAGCUCCACUUGCCCCCUAUCAUGUGCGGAAAUUGGUUAGAAAGGGGGUCAAAGUCAUUGUACAGCCAUCAGAUAGACGGGCAUACAGCAUGCAGGAAUACUCAAAUGUUGGAGCAAUCAUCCAAGAAAACAUAGGAGAAGCCUCACUAGUGAUAGGAGUCAAGCAGGUUCCCAUUGAUAACUUGAUGCCUGAUCGAACAUACGCCUUUUUCUCUCACACCAUCAAAGCACAGGAAGCCAACAUGCCUCUACUAGAUGCAAUCUUAGAAAAGAACAUACGGCUGGUGGACUAUGAGAAGAUGGUGAACUCAGAAGGGGCACGCGUUGUAGCCUUUGGCAAAUAUGCUGGUGUGGCUGGCAUGAUCAAUAUUCUGCAUGGUAUGGGAUUGCGCCUGCUAGCCCUUGGGCAUCAUACUCCCUUCAUGCACAUUGGGCCAAGCCACAACUACCGAAACUCAGAAAUGGCCAGACAGGCAGUUCGGGAUGCAGGUUAUGAAAUUGCGCUAGGUCGACUGCCGCGCUCCAUUGGGCCCCUGACUUUUGUCUUCACGGGCUCUGGCAAUGUGUCACAGGGUGCUCAAGAGGUCUUUCAGGAAUUGCCUCAUGAAUACAUAGAGCCAGAGUACUUGCCCAAGAUUGUCAAACUUGGAAAUAUGACCAAGGUCUAUGCUUGUGUUGUCAGUCGAGACGAUCAUUAUGUUCGUAAAGAUGGUGGAAAAUUCAAUGCAGAAGAGUUUGAGGCUCACCCUGAUCGCUAUGCUUCCACAUUUAGUCACAAGAUUGCACCUUAUGCAUCAUGCAUCAUAAAUGGCAUCUACUGGGCACCCAACUCUCCCCGUCUCAUUUCUAUUCCUGAUGCAAAAGUCCUCCUGCGCCCGACAAAUGCUCCUUGGAUUCCUUCCUCCCCUGGAUGUCCAAACCUCCCACACCGUCUUCUGGCAAUAUGUGACAUAUCUGCUGAUCCUGGAGGAUCAAUAGAAUUUAUGCGGGAGUGCACUACUAUUGACUCGCCAUUUUGUUUAUAUGAUGCUGAGCAGAAUAUGGACACCAGCAGCUUUGCAGGCAAUGGUGUUUUGAUCUGCUCCAUAGACAACAUGCCAGCACAAAUUCCUCGUGAAGCAACUGACUUCUUUGGUAGCCUUCUCCUUCCUUACAUCCCAGAGAUGCUGCGUUCAGAUGCUGUUCAACCAUUUGAGCAGUAUGAUGCCAAUCCAGUUGUGAAAAAUGCUGUGAUAGCUUCCAAUGGAAGACUGACACCAAAUUUUCAGUACAUCAGUGAGAUGCGUCAUAAAACUAAGUCAGCACACAAGGCAGCCAUGGGCAGUGCUGACAGACGGGUGCUUAUUCUUGGCGCUGGAUAUGUGUCCAAACCAGUCAUUAGUUACCUAGCUCAGGACAGCAAAACCUACAUCAAUGUUGUAUCUCAGCUGCGAGAAGAGCUGGAUGCAAUCGACCCGGUUGGCCCCAACGUGGAGCGAACCAUGAUGGAUGUCCAGCGCAGUUAUGAUGAUCUGGAUCGCAUGAUACCAAAAUAUAACAUUGUCAUUAGCUUGCUGCCUUACUCCCUUCAUGCCAGUGUGGCUGAACUGUGCAUCAAACAUGGCGUCAACAUGGUCACCGCAAGCUAUGUCUCUCCCCAGCUUGCCAAGCUACAUAGCAGUGCUAAAGAGCGGGGUGUUACCAUUUUGAAUGAAGUUGGGGUUGAUCCUGGCAUUGACCACAUGUUAGCUAUGCAGUGCUUUGAUGAAGUUCAUCGCUUGGGGGGCAAGAUUACUUCCUAUGUUUCUUGGUGUGGAGGACUGCCAGCACCUGAGCACUCAGACUCUCCACUUCGCUAUAAGUUCAGCUGGUUUCCAAAGGGAGUGUUGAUGAACUGCCUCAGCUCAGCACGGUAUCUCCAAGAUGGACAGGUGGUAGAGAUUUCAGGAAAUGGAGGGCUACUUGAUGCGACAGAAGAACUGCGAUUUUUGCCUGGCUUUAACCUUGAGGGCUAUCCUAACCGCGACUCCACACAUUAUGCUGCAGCCUACAACAUCACAUCUGCUUCAACAGUUUUGAGGGGCACAAUUCGCUAUAAAGGUUUCAGCACUGCAGCAAAGGGACUUUUGGCACUGGGUUUUCUGAACACAGAUCCACAUCCCAGUCUUCACCCUAGUGGUCCUGAGAUAAGCUGGAAAGGAUUCUUGUGCCAAGGCUUUGGCAAGUCACCUGACAUUUUGACAGACUCGCUUCUGGACCUGAUUCAUGAAAAGCUUGGUGGCAAUAAGGAGAAGCUAGAGACCAUUGUCAAUCUUGGUCUGGUGAGUGAUGAUCCAAUUGACAAGCGUGAAACGCCAAUUGAUACACUGUCCAACUACUUGGCCAAGCGUCUAUCAUAUGGUCCAGAUGAACGUGACAUGAUUCUGAUGCGGCACCAGGUGGGUGUUCUUUGGCCAGAUGGACAGCAGGAGGAACGCAGCAUUGACUUAGUAUCCUAUGGGGACAUCAAUGGCUUUUCAGCCAUGGCUAAAACAGUGGGCCUUCCCACAGCCAUUGCCACCAAAAUGAUACUCGAUGGUGAAAUUCAAAGGAAAGGUGUAGUAACUCCACUGACCCGUGACAUCUAUCAGUCAGUUCUGUCACGCUUGGCUCACGAGGGAGUUAAAGCCAGAGAGAAGAUCAUGUUAUUGUGAGGAAGCCAUCAUUGGCGAUAUUGUGUGGUUAUCAGGUUAUAUUCAAAAUUAAAGAAAGAAACAUACAAGUUAAAUGUCAGGAGUUUUUUCCUGACAUGAAUAUAUUGGAAGCUGCAGAAAAUGUAAUAACUUUUUCUUGUGUGAAGCCUUGCAGCCCUUUUUGCGGAGCACUGUGCUGCUGCCUUUUGGAGCAUUUUAGCCAGCUGCCCUGAUAGAGGUGUAUUGUGUGUAUAUAUGUACACACUAUAAACACACACACAACCAUUAUAAUUCAACUAGAUGAUUUACAGAAGUUUGGAAUCUCAUGAACCUGGUCUUGCUUGUAGCUCAGAUGUUUCUUGUUAUGUAGCUACAUGGGUUAUUAAAAGAUUUAUAUUUUUCUGUCGUUGGUAAUGAAAUAUUGGAACAUGGUUGGUUUUUCUCCAGGAAGUUAAUCUUGCCAACUUGAUUCUUGCAGUUGUGGUGUUUGGCCAUAUUGUCUUUUUGUCAAUAUGUUAAUGACAAUGCUGUAUAGAUUAACUUCCUGUAAUUCUACACAACCUAACAACCCUAAUGUUGCCAUCUUCACUCCACUGGGUGUUCUGUUUUGUAGACUUGUCUUUUGAGUAUUUUGUUAUACUGUGUCAGUAAUAUGUGCCAUUGUACAGUAAUAUUUGACAAGUUGAUGUUAGUUUGAUGAUUCAGUGGGUAGUAUUCCAAUGGUUCAUGCAUAUAACAAUGAAGAAUGGUGCAUGAAAAACCAGCCCAUCUCCUCAGCCAAUGUAGAGAUGCAUUUUGGACUCCGUACAGGAAAACAAAUAUAAAUGCAAAGCUCUGUAUUUGCUGGUUAUAGAGGGUGCUGAAAGUGAUGUUAGUGUAGGUUUGCGCAUAGCACACCAUACACUGGAUACGUGGAAUGCAUACAAAUUCUCCGAAUUUCACUCUAAGUAUUUUCCUUCAAGUCCUCCAGUGUUCUUGGAUUAUUUGCAUACAUUUUGUCCCACAGAUUAAGCAAGUGGAUUGGUCUGGCUUGUGGUUACAGUGGUUGGAGAUAGGCUGCGCUUUGGUGUGCCACCCUGAAUUUUCUUACAUUAGGCAUUAAUUUUAUUUAUUCUCUGCUUGAGAAAUUGACAUUAAUACACAAACAGCAGUAAAGUAGAUCAGGAUCGCAAACCAUCAACAUCCUCGAGCAAAUAGGACUUUAAAUCAUUUAAAAGCAAAGCAAAAUGGAAAGUUGAUAGAUUUUCCCCUUGCCACACCCGCACAUGAAUUUGUCAAAACCUCAAUGACAUUUGCAUACCCUUUUGCAAAAUGCUGUUAGUCGUCUACUUAAGAACUGUGCUAAAUAUUUCACAUUGGAGUCUGCCUAAUGAAGAAAAUGCUUUUAAAAAUAAUUCAUUUUUAUAAUUAUGCAAAGAGACAUCAAAAGCUAACUUAAGAAAUUAUACACCACAACUGUCAUCAUCCUGUACUCAAAAAUUUAUAAAAGAACUGUGAUUAGACGACCAUGCACUGUGAUUAAAAAUGCUGUAUCAGUAAGAUGGAAUAUAAUGGUGCUUAAAGGCAGUGUAACUGUGUGAAGAAAUAGUUUUAAAAUAAAAGUCUCCAUGAGACCGAGCAAGCAAUGAUCAGAUAAUACUGUACUUAUGCAAAUCCAUAUAAUAGUACUGAUUCUUUCAAGUGCACAAUGAUUGCUGAUACAGUACAAACAUAGGCUUGGUCAUAAUUCUGUGAUACUAAAUGCACAUGAGAUUUUUGUAUUGUUUUGAUUGUCAUACACGUUUUGCUUAAGAACUUUAAACAUCAGAUUUCUGUAUAUUUAGUAAAAACUUUUGACACAUGCUUCAAUUUAUUGAAUGUACAAUUUCUGCUAGCCAGCAAUGCAGUUUUUUAAAGACCAAGUCCUCAGGAGUACAAAAGGAGUACAAAUUAAAUUGUCAACAGCUAGUUGACUUUGUCAGGACUUAGAAGCAUAUCAUGCUUGAAGAUGUGUGGACAUAGCUAAUGGCCAACUGUUCAAUGUACAGACUUCAAAGUAUAAAUUGAAGACAUUUAUAUAUAUAUCACUUGGGAAAAACAAAACGAUCACUGAAGUGACUCACAUUACUGAAGGGUUGUAAAUUUGUAUUGAAAUGUGGUAAGCUACUAUUAAUACUUGUUUGUUUAGUGCAUGCAUGUGAUCAUUCAUUCUCGUGAUAGGUCCUCACACAGGUGUAAAUCUGUUUAAGAAAUAUUCACAGGGUGUGAUCUUUAAAAAUACUAUUUGAACUGGUGUGUAUGCAACCUUCUGAAUUCUGGGUGCACAAAUAUUUUUCUGAUCAAUAACUUUUUGUCGACAAUAAAGUUCUAUACAGUCUAAGCCCAGGUCGUCUUAUCAUUUGGCAGCAGUUGGUAGUUGGGGAUUGCUGUCAUUCCAAAGAGCAAAUAGGGUCUGAUUGAUUACUGUAGACUGCAUGAACUGAUUAUACCCAUAGAACCAAUAAAUGUUAAGUAUAGACCAACAGUAUUCUGUACCACACAUUGUAAAAUUGUAGACUUGGCACUAUGGAUUUUUGUCAGACAUUGAUUUAUAAUAACGAUAUUUUAAACACAAUUCUGUUUCUUUCAUCGCUGUUUUAUUAUUAGAAUCUUGCUUUUUUUUUUUUACAUUUGGGGCAAAAGUCAAUUAUAAUUUUAUAAAUAUCUGUCUAUUGUAGCAGGAUAUAUUUACACUUCAAAAGAAGAUUUAGUGAAUUUUAGUUACAAAAGAUUUUGGAUAAUAAAAGUGGGCAAUCAGCCAGAAAA